UUGACUCAACCCACAAUUAAUUUGAGAAAUUUUUCUCUUCCGGGUUGCGAUUUUGCGUGUUAUGAGCCUCCUAAGAGCUUUUUUACUUGUGCAAUCGAAAGAUGACUAAAGGAUCUGUUUUUUAAAGCGACUGUCAAAGAAAGCUUGUUUAGAACAGGAGUCGUCCACGAAUACAGAGAGAGGAGAUAUGCCUCCUCCACCCCCUCCCCCACCCCCGGGGCCACCAGCUCCACCACCACCACCCCCUGGGCCAUCAGGAGGUGCCAAACUUAAAGUAGGUGGGAAUCCAAAUCCUCAAGCGCGUACAGCACUCCUUGGUGAUAUCAGGGGUGGAAUGAAGUUAAAGAAGGCUGUAACAAAUGAUCGAAGUGCUCCUGUUGUAGGAGGAAAUAAGCCCAGCCCUGCCCCUAGUGGGGGGGGAGGUGGUGGCGGUGGCAGCAGUGGUGGAGGCGGUAUGGGCGGCAGUGGUCCAGCAGGGUUGGGUGGAUUGUUCGCCGGUGGAAUGCCAAAACUUCGUUCUACAGGAAACAGGUCUGGAGGCCAACCAAGUGGUGGUGGCUCGGCCCCCCUGAAGCCACCUGGUGCCAGAUUUGGGAACCAGGGCACCCCUGACAACGACUCUAGUGAUAAUGCAGAUUCUCAAGUAAAGAGGAAUAAUAUAGCAAAUAGACUUAAUCAGCAAUUUGGUGGUGGGGUGGCUCCAAAACCCACUCCGCCAUCUGGAGGUGGAGCACCUAAACCACCACCUCCGUCUGGGAAAGUGAACUUUAACCAUGGUGCUGACAGUGAGAACCAUACAAACAGUCAUCGAAACAGUAACAAUAGGUUCAGUGACAAUAGUUUUCCGAAACCAAGUAUUAAUACAAAUAGACCUUUGCCAUCUGUGCCAGGUCAAAACCGACCCCCUCCACCUCCGCAGCAGAAUAAACCUCCCCCACCUCCUUCUCAGGGAAAUAAACCACGGGCGCCGCCUCAGGGGAACAAGCCCCCACCACCACCGUCACAGACAAAUAAACCACCGCCCCCUCCGUCACAGAAGAAUAAACCAGAGCGGCCAGGAUCCUUGCGGAAUUCCGGUGCCCCUCCACCUCCUCCCCCAAGCAAUAAUAGGAGCAAUGCCCCUCCAGCACCCCUGCAGAACGCGAAACCACCUUCGCCAUUAGGACCCCCUGCAGUGCCAACGAGCGCCAGACCACCCCCGCCACACCAGCGACCGCCGAGUACGCACUCAAUGUCAGAUUCAAGUGGAUCAGAUUUGCCCCCUCCACCACCCUCCAUGCAGAGCAGACCGCUGCCACCGACGCCACAAGAACAGGGGAGUAGAAUAUCCUCACACGAUGCAAACAGAGGCCCCCCUCCGCCCCCGCCGUCGAGAGGAAGCAUGCCAGCUGGUGGGCGGCCGUCUUGUCCCCCGCCACCACGACCACCUGGUCCUCCGUCAGCAAGACCACCUCCACCCCCUCCACGGGGUGGCCCUGGUUGUCCCCCACCACCACCACCCCCUCACCGAGGUGGCGUCCCUCCACCUCCACCCAAUAGAUCAUCUUUGCCACCAGCACCACCACAAAUGAACUCGAGGAUGGGAGCAGCUCCGAAGCAGAGUAAUCAAGUUGGUGAUUUUGAGGGUCAGUUUACGUUCCAUGAUGUAAAUGAGUUGCCGGCACCGUCGCAGUUCAUAGUGACACAAAAGACGUAUCCGAGUAAAAGCCCGAGAAACACUGAGCUGCAUUACCAACAUAGAUGUUACAAAGAACCACCACCCUCACCGGCAUGUCGGUCCUAAGGACUCGUGCGCCGCAGAAGAGAAAUGCUCCUCCCCCACCACGUCCCCCAAUGCGAUGAUCAACCUAGGUGAUUAGGUAUUGGUAGAUGUCGCCUACGUCAGGGCCAUGAUAUAACGGCGUACUCAUUAUGAUUGUGAUGACGACAGUGUACUUAUAUAAGCAGUGGUUCUGGAUCGAACGAAAGGUACGACACAGUUUGAAAUAAUCUCGGUGCUGUUGGCAGAAGAUGGAGAGUAAGCGGGACAUUUUGUGUUAUUUCAGUUCAGACAAGGAAAGCUCUUUGUUGCAGUGUUCCGGAGAGGUGUUUCAAAAUAUUUGAGUCUGCAUGUAUUAUCGUGGCAGGUUUGGUUGUUAUAUCAGGCUAGCAUCUGUGAUCACGUUAUCCUCUACUGAACUGGUGUCAGAAAAGCUACGUCCGGUUGUUCAAAACAAACUAACAUGGUAACUUUGUGUUGUUUCCUUCAGUUACACCCUUAGACCCAACACCAAGUCAAUGCCAGUGCUAGUGACAAAACUAGUUUUGUACAACUGGGCACUUAGAAUUAGCUAACUCACACCUGGACUAUGUUAUCCUUUGCCUACUUAAAUGAAGUGUUCACUUGUUACUACCCAGGACUUCUAUCCUUGAUCGUAACUCCCAUUGCAUCAGUGUAGCGGAGAGUGAGGAUGUCCAGUCUCCUAAGAGUGUUGAUAUUUUGAUCAAAUAUCAAAUCUUUUGAAUGGAGAGUCCUCAUUGAUGAUACUAUGUUAUCUUUCUAGUUGCUCAUAAGUACUGCAAACUCAGCUCAAUCACACCUUGAAACAAGUCUAAAUGAAAUACUAAUAAAGUGACUGUGACCAGCUUCCAAACCUGCAAAUGGAUGAUGAGUGUGCAGUGGACUUAGAAAGGGACCUGGGCCCGAUCGUUCAAAAUAAGUUUUCUCACUGACACAGGUGUUAACAUAGAUGAGUUUGAAAGGGACUGUAAAGUUCCACGGGAAAUAUCAAACUGGGCUUCUCUAUGAUGAUAAUGAUGGGAGAGAGCUGAAUUUGCAGUAGGCCUACUUGUAAAUUCUAUGUAGAAGGGUUUGGUAGAUUACCAUAUUGUGAUAUCUCGGCCUCUUUAUUUCUCACGCUGAGGUCGUAAGGUACAAAUGUAUGUGAUGUUAUGUACUUCCUGUAUCAGUAUUGAGUGAAUGUUAUGCAGUGUACAUUAGACUGCAUGUACAUGCAGUGUGCAUCUGCAUGCAGUGUGCAUCUGCAUGCAGUGUACAUGCAGUGUACAUGCAGUGUACAUGCAGUCUAGUGUACUGUUUGUUCUAACCAUUGUAGAUCCUUGCUGUGCUAGCAGCAUUGGAAUCAUGAAAUACUGAAUCCCAGGCCGCAAUCAUCAAAGGAUUUAAACAAAGAAUUAACAAAUACUGGAAUUUGAUGUGUCCAACAUCCUUAUAAUUACUACAUUUAAUUAGCUUACAGUCUGGUAACUGUACAUUCACCUGUCAAUUCAAUGUGUUGUUUGACGGGUGCAAUUAACCUAUGUUUUAAGCAUGGAAGAUGUACCCUAGUAUCAUAGAACUUUCUUUAGACAGUCUGAAGCUAUAGUACAGAAACAGACAGAGCUAUUAUUUUAAAUCAUGAAAAUAUAGGCUAAUCAGAUUUGUAUGACAAGUAAUACAUAGCAUAUUUCUAUAUUUAGCACAAAGGAAAGGGCAAUUUUUAGGGGCAAACACAGAGCUGUAACUUCAAAUGUAACUAGGCCUUCCAGGCCUUCCCAGGUAAGCUGUGGGGAGCAGCUGUGGGGAGCAUUUUGGCAAUCGUCAAUGCUGAACUUUUCAUAUAAAUAUGUUUAUUAAUAUCCAAGGAUAUGUAUGGUUUUGUUUGAAUUCCAAAACGUUUUUUUCCAUUUCCGAUGCUUUAAACUAAACAGAGAGAAUCAGACAUCCCGGUAAACACUUUGUCUAAUAAGUUUAAAGUUGGUCUGUGAGUGUGUAGUGAUUUUCAUACACGAUAAAAUACUAUUUUUCUACUUGUACAGCUUUUGGAUAAACUGUCACUCAUGCAUGUUGUACACAGUCUGCCUGUGCAGAGUUGAAUGAGGAUGGUCUGCGGCAUCACCUUCAAUACAUGUACAUUAUAUUACUUGGGUGCACCUUCACUAAUAUUCUCGUGUGUCAAUUUUCAUUCCCCUUUCCUACCAGGCGAUCCCUCAUGCUCAUGUUACAGGCAGUCUCCGUUAAAUUAGCCAGCAAAAUAAUGUUUCACACACGCAUGUACAUAGAAAAAAACAUUGGUCAACCUAGAAUUCAACAUGAGGGUACCGGUACCUAUUUUUAUACACUUGUAGAUUACUGUAACCAGAAUAACCUUGAAUGAUCUUCUUAGCACUGUCCUCUGCAUGCAAGGGUAUCAUGCUGCAUACAUGUAGACCAAAAUGUAAGUGCAAUUGGUUAGAAAAUUCUGCAUGACUGGAAUUGAAUGAUUGUCUGUGGACAUUUGGCUUGCCCAGUGAGUCCAAUAGAAUAGGGACAACAUCUGUGGCUAAUUUUGAGACGAUUUCAGGGCUUUCGAAAUCAAGGCUUAGACACUACAGUCUAUAAACAAGAAUCAACCAAUGCAUUUUGAUUCAUGUAGAACCAUGCUCAUAAUGUAUAUGAUCUGUACUGUUUUCAUUUCAUGGACUGUGUACAUUAUGUUGUACAUUGUCAUCAGGUCGCGUUCGUUGUACAUAAAAAUAAUUUAAUAUAUAGAAAGGUAGAUGUGUUAGAUUUGAGACUGCAUUCUUAGACUACGGAGAUCAAUGGCAUGGUGAUUAGAGUUCCGGGCUCAUUAUCAAGUGGUUGAGGAUUUGACAUUCCAUAAGAUCAUCAUUUGAUCUCCGUGUCCUUGAGCAAGGCACCUAACUCUACUUGCUUCCCUCGACCCAGAAGUUUACGUGUAAGUGGGUUCCAGGCCAGCCUUGAGGUUAACCUGUGUCAGACCAGAAUCCUAUCGGGGAGGGACAGCUCAUUGCACUUAACCACUAUGGAAUCCGGGAGACUAGAAAACUGGGUUUUUGAAUUUAUCUAAAGGGACAAUAUAGGCAGCAGCUGGGCAGGCAAGAUAAGGUAACACGAUUUAGACGAAGUCCUCAACAGGGGUCUCUCACAUCUCACAGUAUGUCGAAAUGAUUCACGCUUGUGCAAGGAAUAGAUCUAGUGCUUAAUCUGACAUGACCCAGGGCCCUUACUGUGUUUAUUAGUCACCUGAAGAUCUCCAAAUUAGCCCCUCUGCUCCUGCCUAUAGUCCCCCUUUAACAUUCAUAUAACAUAGUCAAGUAUCUUCAUUCAUCUUAUUAAAACUUCAUUUGUAAUGUAUGUACAUGCAUAGUUUUGGUCAGUUUCAACGUAAAAUCAAUGCAGAAAUCGCAGUGUUCAGAAUUGUUGGUGUGCCAUCAACACUCAUUCAACAUGUUUUUUCUAUUUUGUGGGUCAAUUAACAGCUCAGAAGAGGUGAAGAGGUCGUUGCUAAGAACCUCCAUCUUGGAAUGACUGUUCAGUAACGAGAAAAAAUUCUUGCCUAAAAAUAUUUGAUUUUGCCUUUUACAGCAGCAUUUUAGUUCCUGGCCAAAAUGUUAGAUGGCUGUCAAGUAUAGGGUUUUUCCAAUGCAAAUUUUUUUUGUGUCGUAGACAUUUUGGGCCAAAAUCAGGCAGCAGCAUACAUGUAAUAAUAUCCAUAGCAGUACGAGUUAUUGCAUUGCUGUAUUCAUAGAGAUCAUUAGGUUUGCUGUGUUUACUUGAGAAAUCCCAUCAAAUUCUGUGCCAAUUCCUUUUGGUCAAACACCACAGCACACCAUCAUCUAGUUUGAGGUGUGACGUGUUACUCAAGAUUGGUCUUGGCUAUCAAAUUCGCAUUUUCAGCUUUGUUUAAAUUUAUUAAAUUACUAUUAAAAUUUAACGAUCAAAAUUCGUAUGUCUGGAUUCCUAAUAGUUUGUGUGUGUGUUCAGUCUCACACAACCGGCUGAUGGACAAAGUGGGGUUUUCUUUCAACUGGUUGUGUGAGGCUGAUUAAGUGACCAUCAGAAGAUUGCCAGUUUCAGACGAAUGUGACAUGUGUGAUUGUAGUGCCUUGAUCUAGGGGGUGCAGGAGCGUGCUCUCAAGGAGACUGAUAUAUAGUUAUGUCUGGUCUGUAAGAAUGAACAAGAAUUUGAGUCAUGCCAGCUAUUGCUUGAGAUUUGAUGGCUAGCUGGCUUGACACUUGUACACUUGUGCACAUGGACCUGGCAUUCUUUGGGUGGAAUAAUGGGUACGAGGUCUCUGUUUAGACUGCUGAAAUCAUCUUGACCAUUUGUAUCAUAACUACCAGAUGUUUUAUUCUGUAAAUGAUUGAAUACUACCUUUGAAUAAAAUCAUGUUAAUGGUA